CCCCCACAUACCCUUCGCCUUUUCUGUCUCUCUCUUUCAUUCCUACACGCACUUUAUACUACUUUACCUUGUUUUUUUUAAUCUUAUCAUGAAUCGAUUUCCAAGAAUAGAUCUUUUUGACUUUAGUAAUCAUAAAGAGGAGAUUGCGGAAAAUAUGAUGAAAGCUGCCUCGGAGCAUGGUUUUUUUUAUGUUGUAAAUCAUGAUAUCCCGGUGAAAUAUAUUCGCCAUAUGUUCGAUACAAGCCAUUCUUUUUUUGAUCUACCUGAAAGUACUAAAGAAAAAUACCUUAUGGAUUACCCCCGCAAUGCAGGAUGGGAGAAUCAAUCGCAGGGCUAUUCUUCUGGCUCCAGAGAAUCUUUGCAAUUUUCGUUUCACAACACAUCUGAUUUAAGGCCUUCAGAAAAAGAUAUACCAGGCCUCGAUUAUACAGUAGAAACAUUUAUGAUGCAAUGCGACAGUUUGUCUCAGCAGCUUUUGGUUUGCUUCGCCAUUGGCUUAGGUUUUCCCCAGGAUUUCUUUAAAAGAUGCCACGAUAUAAGCCAACCUGACUGUCUAAACUCACUUCGUUGUAUACGCUACGCACAAGAUAUAAAUCAAACAUCGCACAAAGGACUGCCAAACAUUGAGGCGUAUCGUACUGAGGCCCAUACCAAUAUCAAUACUUUUUCUUUACUUUUUCAACAGCCGGGACAGGAUGGGCUCGAAAUUUACUAUGAUAAUGAAUGGACUUCGGUUACAUUGAAUGAUAACGAAAUCAUAUGCAACAUCGGUGACAUGAUUGUUCGUUGGUCGGACGAUCGUUUCCAGAGUAGAUCACAUCGUAUCCGAAACCAAGGAUCUAACAAAUAUCAUGGCUCACAAUCUUUUAUAGAAUACGUUAAUGAAGCAAAUAGAUCCGUUAUCAUCCAAGGUCGUACCAAAUAUACCAAACCUAUUACUGCUGGUGAAUUUUUGAUGACAACAAUAGAAAAAAAUUAUAUUGCCUUAAAAGCAGCCCACACUAGCUCUUCUAAACCAAAUCUAAACUCUCCUGCUGUGGUUAUUGUUUAAACUUUACAUGCUAUAUAUGUUGAAUGCUUUUAUAUCCAUCUUUAAUAUAGUACUUCUUACACAGACUGUCGUUUCUCAUACAUUUUACGGGUAUUUCCAAAUUAUUGUGCCCCAUUCAGUAAAAAUUCUAUGUGGUAAUAGCGUCUCUUCUGCUGUUGUAGACAUGUCAGUAUAAUUGUCCAAUAAAAUAAAAACUUGGUUUUGGAAAAAAA